GAUUUUGCCAUCCAUACGCCGCGCAGGAGGCCACACGAAUUUGGGGAUUCAAAAGGCGGCAGAGUGCGACCCGAAUGCAGUGACGAGCGCCGGCGACUCCGCCCCCCCCUUGCAGUGCACAGAGUCUGUGUGGAGAAGCGCUGGCAUCUGAGGAACGGGAAGCCUCGUCCAGUUGCUCCAGAGGGAGCUGAGCUCGAUCAUCUGAUCUUGCCAAAACAUGCAAUCAGCGAGCCCUUUCCUCCAGGCAUGCGAGCGGUUCACUACGCUGCCCGACACGGCUCCUUGGAGAUGCUGAAGUUUCUGAAGGAAAGGAAAACUGACAUGACGUCAACCUCCGUCACGGGGGCACACCCGGGCCCCCCACUGGGCCGCUCGGGGCGGCCAUCUUUGGGGCCGCCCGGUGGCUGGUGUCCCCACGGGGGACUCGACGCCCCCUGCCGGAGCAAGGACGGCCCCACGGCCUUGGACGUGGCCUUUCUGUUUCUUGGCAACACCGCUGCCCAAAGCAACCAUUUUGCUUCUCAGUUCCCCGGUUUUGGGGUCCGGAAAGCACGGCACUGGGGCAAACCCCUGAAAUGUGGGAUUUUUGAGCGGAGGAAAAACGGGAGCGCAGCGCAAAAGCAGGAGGAGGAGGAGGACAGGGGAGAAAAGGGGAGUGGGGCCAAAAAGCGGGAAAAGGGAGUAGCAAGAUCCAUAGGUCAAGACUUGGAUAAAGCAGACAAGGCGACCCGCGGAGCAGGGGACGCAGGGGCCGCCCCCGGGAGUGCUGCUGCUCAGCCGCGAAGGGCCGCUCAGGAGCCCGGCCGGGGACGAGGAACACAGGAGUUGGACAAGAAGCUCCUGAAGGCGGCGAGCGACGGGGACCUCGAGGGAGUGAAGAUCUGGCUGGACGAAGGAGCCGACGUAGAGGCGGCUAGCUCAGCGAUGGGCGAGGAGAAAGGGCUCCGUCCGCUCCACCUGGCGGCGUGGGCGGGGCACGUGGGCGUCGUCCGUGAGCUUCUUCGCCGUGGCGCCGAUUUCAAAGCAAGGGGCCGAGACGGAUACUCCGCCAUCCACUAUGCUGCCAGAGGAGGCUUCGUCGAGGUGUUGAAGAUCCUUCACGAGAAUAAGUGCAACAUGAAAGCCAAAACAGACAAUGGGCAGACGCUCCUUCACGUGGCAGCUGACAACGGUAACCUAAAGGCCUUCGAGUGGAUAAUAGAAAAUACAAAUAUUGACCUCGACGCCAAGACCCAUGAUAAGAGCACUGCUUUGGAAUUGGCCCAGAAAGCGAGGCAGAAGAGCAUAGUCACUUACCUGCUGAAGACUCCUGCUCUAGAUGCAUUCCAAAAAAAAGAUUUGAGGAAAGUCAGAGAACUGAUUGCCGGAGGCUUCGACGCGAACGCUGUGUUUCAGGACAAGAAAACAAAGGCGAGUCUGUCUUCUGUAUGCUUAUAAUGUAAUAUCUAUAUG